UCGCAACUCAAAGUCCUGCCGCAGCUAUAAAAGUUAAUAAUAAAAAGAGUGAAAAUGCUUUUUCUUGUCAAAUAAUAUUACUAAAUGCACCGUUCAAGCGCUGCGAGCCACGACCUCAACAUGCCACGCCCCUAUCUGCUGUUGGUCGCAAUGUGCCUCCUGGGCAGUGCCAUACAAGGAGCAAGGGCUCGCACAGCCAAGCGCUCCGAUGUGUACAUAGCCGGUUUCUUUCCAUAUGGCGAUGGCGUCGAGAACUCAGACACGGGCCGUGGCGUUAUGCCUAGCGUUAAACUGGCCUUGUCCCAUGUCAAUGAGCAUCCACGCAUCCUUACCAACUACAGACUGCAUAUGUGGUGGAACGAUACGGAGUGCAACGCAGCUGUAGGGGUUAAAUCUUUCUUUGACAUGAUGCACUCGGGCCCUAACAAGGUGAUGCUCUUCGGCGCUGCAUGCACCCAUGUCACCGAUCCCAUAGCAAAGGCCAGCAAGCAUUGGCACCUCACGCAGCUGAGCUAUGCCGACACGCAUCCCAUGUUCACCAAGGAUGCCUUUCCCAAUUUUUUUCGGGUUGUGCCAUCGGAGAACGCCUUCAAUGCCCCACGCCUGGCGCUGCUCAAGGAGUUCAACUGGACCCGGGUCGGCACUGUGUAUCAGAAUGAGCCACGGUAUUCACUACCCCACAAUCAUAUGGUGGCUGACUUGGACUCCAUUGAAUUGGAGGUGGUCGAGACACAAAGUUUCGUCAACGAUGUGAGCGAAUCGCUAAAGAAGCUACGCGACAAGGACGUACGCAUCAUUCUGGGGAACUUCAAUGAGCACUAUGCACGCAAGGUGUUUUGCGAGGCGUACAAAUCGGACAUGUAUGGACGUGCCUAUCAGUGGUUAAUUAUGGCUACCUACUCAACGGAAUGGUGGAACGCAACGCUAGAUACUGAAUGCACAGUGGAGGAAAUUGCUCUGGCCCUUGAGGGCACCAUACUGGUGGACCUGUUACCACUUUCCACAAGCGGGGAUAUAACUAUAGCCGGCAUAACGGCCGAUGAGUAUCUGGCGGAAUACGACAGGCUCCGAGGCACGGAGUACUCCCGUUUCCAUGGCUAUACGUACGAUGGUAUCUGGGCCGCCGCAUUGGCUAUACAGUAUGUAGCACAGAAGCGCGAAGACUUGCUGACUCAUUUCGACUAUCGUGUCAAGGACUGGGAGAGCGUGUUCCUCGAGGCUUUGCGCAACACCUCCUUUGAGGGCGUGACAGGCCCGGUGCGUUUUUACAACAACGAACGAAAGGCCAAUAUACUGAUAAAUCAGUUCCAAUUGGGUCAAAUGGAGAAAAUUGGCGAAUACCACUCUCAGUUAAGUCAUUUGGACCUGACGCUGGGCAAUCCAGUGCGUUGGGUGGGUAAAACACCCCCGAAGGAUCGGACUGUCAUUUAUAUAGAGCACAGCCAGGUGAAUCCCACCAUUUAUAUUGUGUCGGCCAGUGCUUCAGUGAUUGGCGUAAUCAUAGCAACGGUCUUUCUGGCGUUCAACAUAAAGUAUCGCAAUCAACGCUACAUUAAAAUGUCCAGUCCACAUUUGAACAAUCUGAUAAUUAUUGGUUGCAUGCUGACCUACUUAAGCAUCAUAUUUUUGGGCCUUGACACCACUCUGAGCAGUGUCGCAGCGUUUCCAUAUAUAUGCACAGCACGUGCUUGGAUCUUGAUGGCAGGAUUCAGUUUGGCAUUUGGGGCCAUGUUUUCCAAGACCUGGCGCGUUCAUUCUAUAUUUACCGAUCUGAAGUUGAACAAGAAGGUUAUAAAGGACUAUCAGCUGUUUAUGGUCGUUGGCGUGUUAUUGGCCAUAGAUAUAGCCAUUAUUACCACUUGGCAGAUAGCUGAUCCCUUCUAUCGAGAGACCAAGCAGCUGGAACCAAAACAUCACGAAAACAUUGACGAUGUACUCGUCAUACCCGAGAACGAAUAUUGCCAAUCAGAGCAUAUGACUAUAUUCGUCAGUAUUAUCUACGCCUAUAAGGGCCUGUUGCUGGUAUUUGGGGCCUUCUUGGCGUGGGAGACCCGUCACGUUUCCAUACCAGCCCUUAACGACUCGAAACAUAUUGGCUUCUCGGUCUAUAAUGUAUUCAUUACAUGCAUUGCCGGCGCUGCUAUAUCCCUGGUGCUAUCGGAUCGCAAGGAUUUAGUUUUUGUCUUACUCUCGUUUUUUAUCAUUUUUUGUACAACAGCCACUUUGUGUUUGGUGUUCGUACCGAAACUCGUCGAGCUUAAACGCAAUCCACAGGGCGUUGUGGACAAGCGAGUUCGUGCGACCUUGCGCCCCAUGUCCAAGAACCGACGGGACUCCUCCGUAUGUGAGCUGGAGCAACGAUUACGGGAUGUUAAAAAUACCAAUUGUCGCUUCCGCAAGGCCCUAAUGGAGAAGGAAAACGAGUUGCAAGCACUGAUACGGAAACUGGGACCUGAGGCCCGCAAGUGGAUAGACGGCGUCACCUGUACGGGUACUAGCAAUGCUGGUGGCGAUCUGGACCCCAUACUGACGGAUGAUAUAGCACGCCUAUCUGCACCACCCGUGCGACGCGAGAUGCCCAGCACAACAGAAGUUACCGAGCUGACAUCCGUGGAUAGCAUAACCUCCACGCACGUCGAAAUGGACAACUCAUUUAUUUCGGUGCAGUCGACUGCUGUUGCACCUUCCCUGCCGCCUAAGAAAAAGAAGCCCCCAAUGAUAGAUGUGCAGCAGCAGCAACAGCAUCAACACAGUGUACCGGCAACGCAGACGGCCAUGCAGCCCAUUCAGCAGCAAUUGCAGCAACAUCUGCAUCAGCAGCAACAAUUGCAGCAACAGCAACAACUGCAUCAACAGCAGCAACAGCAUCAGCAUCCGCCGCAACUGCGAGAGGAACCACGUCGUGUAGCGGAAAAACGCAAUUCUGUGUCGGCACAGACGGAUGCCAACAUUGGCAGCAUUACAAGCAGUGUAGGGAAACGCACCACCGUCAGCGAAUGCUCCACGCUGCGCGAGCGCCGUCAGUCUACAACGUCCCGCCAUUACGACAGCGGAAGUCAGACACCAACGGCCAAGCCAAAGCACAGCACGUCUCAUCGCAACUCCUCCACAAAUAUAUCCACAUCACACACAGACCUCAACAAUGUCUGCCCGCACACCAAGCCCAGCGCUCCAGGCGUAAUCAAAACUCCCACUGCCUCCGACCAUCGACGCACAAGCAUGGGUGCGGCUCUCAAAUCCAACUUUGUCGUCUCCCAGAGCGAUCUGUGGGACACGCAUACGCUUUCACAUGCCAAACAGCACUCGCGGCAGUCCCCACGGAGCUACGCCAGCCCACAGCGAUGCUCAGAGCACCAUGGCCACAUACUGGCUUACGAGCAGAGCACCACCUCGCCCAUACAGCGUUCGGUCUCCGAGAAGAAUCGCAACAAGCACCGGCCAAAGCCUCAGAAGGGCACUGUCUGCCAGAGUGAAACGGACAGCGAGCGCGAACGGGAGCCGACGCCACCCAGCACCCAAUGCAUACAACAACGAAAACUCAACCUGAAUCGAACUUCGAACAUACAGCAGGCAGCGCAUCAUCACAGCUCACCAAACGUGGCCCCCGAUAAACAGCGCAAGCCACGCACCAAAACCGAUUCCUCCAUUUUCGGGGCAAGCUCCGAAACGGAACUACUUGACGGUGAGACCGCCAUACUGCCCAUAUUCCGAAAGCUUCUGACCGAAAAGAGUCCCAACUAUCGUGGCCGCAGCAUUGUAGGCCAGAGUUGUCCAAAUAUUUCGAUCAAAUGCGAUAUCGUGGAGUAUUUGUAGGCCGGAGAAGACCACAUUAGAGAAAGAUCGAUGGCAACACUGCACUGUGCAUUAGAUUUUAGCGCCUAUGCCAUUGUAGUCUAAAUAAAUCACAUACUAUGUAAAGAGCAGGACACACC